AAAGGCUGAUCAAUUGCCAGCAGAAGACACACCAACUAGCCACGGACCAGUGGCCAAUACUACAGCAGUUAAUAACAGAUCAACUAAAGCAAACAAACUAAAUGGUCCGAACUUGAGGAAAAGGACUAAAGAGAUCACUGAGAUACCAAUGAGUGACAGUGACGAUGACGAACCAAAAUCAAAACGAAAAACAAGAUCAAGGACAAGGACCAGAAGAUAA